UACUAUCAACGGUUAUUUGAAUUUUGCCGCCCACCUGUGUUACAAGAUCACUUUGAUAAUCUACACUUGGAAGCAAAGGAGGAAGCCGAGCAAGCUAAAGAGCGCAUCCCAUGCAUGCAUCCAAGAUGCCAAGAAGCUGGGAUAGAAAUAUGGAGCGUAGAUGAAUAUAGAAAUCACGUUAAAUCUGUUCACAAAGUGUCGCUUCGC